AUGAUAGCAGAAAUAUAUGGAGCUAUAGCUUUUUGUAUGGCAACAUCUGGAUUAAUUUUAAAUUUCCUCCUAAUUUGGUUAAUUCUUUGUUUUACAAUGAAAGAAAUGCAAAUUUACAAUCGAAUCCUUCUACAAACCUGUAUUGUCGACAUUACUGCUAUUAGUUUAUUUGCCCUUGUUCAGCCGGUUUACGUUUCUGACAAUGGUGUUGGCACAAUUUGGGAAUAUGGACCAACCCAUUAUUUACCAAACCCCUGGCAAUGCAUCGUUUUUAUGUUCACUGCUUUUAUGUUACGUAUCACAACAAUGAAUAUUUGUUCAGUUUUUGCUUAUCGUUACUUGACUUUAGUUUGGGGAGUAACGAUUCGUUGGAAACACCAUAUAGCUCUAAUAAUUAUUUUUAUGUCUCCAGUUGUUGUUUUAAAUGUUUGUUCUUUUAUAACAAACCAACCAACACCAGAAAAUGAACAUUUAACAAAUUAUGUUUUGGCUAAAACGCUUGAAUUAAGUAAUGAUACAUUGCAAACCUAUGUUUUAACACCUCUAUCAGGUUUUGUUUCUAAUUUUGCAACAGUUUUGACUUUUUCUUCGUAUUUUAUUGUAAUAGCUUUUGGGGUUUGUAUUCAAUAUCAUGUCUAUAAAAAAUGUAAAGGAGCUGCAUUUGCCAAAAUGCGCAAUAUGAAUAGACAAGUUACAAUGGUUUUGGUUGCUCAGGCACUUCUUCCUCUGAUAACUUUUUUCCCUCAAUUAAUGACAAAUAUGAGUGUUUUCUUUACAAUGCCAGGAUUGUUUACUUCAGUAGCUGGAAUGUUUCUUGGUACAACUUUAUCUGCUACAAUUUCUGUAAUGAAUCCAAUUGUAACAAUUCUGAGUGUUAGAAAUUAUCGUCGUUUAAUUUUUCGUUGUAAAAAUGGAGAAGAAAAUCAAGACAAAGUAGUCCCGUUACCGCCAACAACAAUGACUGUACCACAUAACAGAGUUGUUAUAAAUGAAACAUGGGCAACACGAAAAUGA